UUUUCAGCCUGCACCGAAACAUUCAGGGUCGACCAGUUGUUGUUGCUGAACUUGAGAGAAUAACUUUAAUUUCGUAAAAUCAAUUAACAAACUUCAACCAUAAUUCAAUACGCGUGUUAUGGUAUGUGUUUCUGAGCGUAAUCCUAGCGGAUCACCAGAGACGUUAAGUGAGCGAUGGGUUUCUAGUCGGAGGAUUAAAAGUAUUGCACCGAGACCAAUCGACUCGACUCGACCUACCAUUGAUGUCAAAGUUUGAUAACUUUUUUCAAAGUUCUGCAACGAAAUUACAAUGUCUUACGUACGGCAUUCAUCGCGUGCUCUGCAAAUGAGUACUUUGCAGUGGUUGGCACGCAAUUCAACUUAUAUCCACCACACAAAUACCUCUCGUCACAUUCAUUCUCUGAGCAGGUUGUCCAGUUUUCAAAUCAAGCAACUCCGACAUCAAUGGAAUCGACAUGGGAACAAGAGACACUACACAGACUCCGCCAAGAAAACAGUCCGCAUUGGCUGUGCAUCGGGGUUUUGGGGAGACACGGCAACUUCAGCGCCACAGCUGAUACAUGGAGGCAAUAUAGACUUCCUUGUCUUUGACUACCUCUCUGAGAUUACCAUGUCUCUGCUCACCGCUGCGAAAGCCAAGGUCCCUAAUCUUGGGUAUGCACCAGAUUUUGUGCUGUCUGCCAUAGCUCCGUUCAUCAAAGACAUUCAUAAAAAAGGUAUCCGUGUUGUGAGCAACGCGGGCGGUGUGAAUCCUCUUGCAUGUGCCGCUGCUCUUCAGGAGGUCGCGCAGAAGGCCAGCCUCGACCUCAAGAUCGCCGUGGUGACCGGGGAUGACCUCAUGCCUCAGAAAGGCUCUCUGGGCCAGGUAAGAGUGGCGGACUCCGAGGGGCAGCAAGCCCUUCCCAAAACGCUGCACAGCAUGAACUCCUACCUCGGUGCCUUGCCCAUUAAACGGUGCCUGGACCUGGGGGCGGAUAUCGUGGUGACAGGCCGGUGUGUGGACAGCGCUGUGGUGCUGGCUCCUCUCAUGCAUUCGUUUGGUUGGGAUCAGAGUAACUACGACCUAUUAGCAGCUGGAAGUCUUGCAGGCCAUCUAGUGGAGUGUGGGGCCCAGAGCACGGGGGGCGUCUUCACUGACUGGCAUCUGGUACCCGACUGGGACAACAUGGGCUUCCCCAUAGUGGAGUGUUUGGCGGACGGCUCCUUCACGCUGUCCAAGCCUCCUCGUACCGGUGGCCUGGUCUCCUUCGGCUCCGUGGCGGAGCAGCUGGUCUACGAGAUCGGCGACCCGCAGCGCUACCUCCUGCCCGACGUCACCUGUGACUUCUCACAUGUCACCAUCACCGAGGUACCAGGAUCUGAAGGCGUGGCUGUGAAAGUGGGAGGAGCCAGAGGUUUACCCCCAUCUGCAGACUAUAAGGUGUGUGCCACGUACAUGGAUGGCUUUAGGGCCACAGCGGUGUGCCCCAUGGGCGGGCCCAGGGUGGCCGAGAAGGGAAGACGCACAGCUGAGAGCAUCAUCAAGAGGGUGCGGCGCAUCUUCAAGCAGCUGGGCAUGGAGGACUUCAGCUCCGUCAACAUCCAGAUCCUGGGGGCCGAGGACACCUACGGACCACACGCCUCCGGGAGGAGUACGCGAGAGGCAGUCCUCUGGAUGUCCGUCCAUCACAAACAGAAGAAGGCCCUGGAAAUGUUCGCCAGGGAGAUCGCGCCUGCUGGAACUGGCAUGGCGCCUGGACUGACUGGGAUUGUAGGCGGCCGACCCAGAGUGUCUCCUGUGCUAAAGCCAUUCUUCUUCCUCCAUCCUAAAGCAGAGGUUAAGAUUGACAUCCAUAUGAAUGGGGAGCUGGUGGAGACCCUAACAGAAGUGGCGCCGUCCAAAGGAGACGUCUCACCACCUCCGCCCUCACAAGCCCCUGAGACCACUUCAGAUCUACCCAGUGGCCCGCACAACUACCGUCUGGAAGAUUUGGCCUACACCCGCAGUGGAGACAAAGGCGACUCUGCUAACAUCGGAGUAAUCGCUCGCCAUCCUCUCUUCUUCCCCUACUUGAAGAAGUACCUGAGCGCCGCAGUUGUGCAGGAGUACUUCCAGCACCUCAUCCAAUCAGACGGCUCCGAUCGACCGGCUGUCACCAGGUUUGAGUUGCCCGGCAUCAAUGGGCUGAACUUCCUCCUGCAGAACUCUCUCGGUGGGGGAGGAAUUGCAUCCUUACGCAGUGACCCUCAGGGCAAAGCUUAUGGGCAGAUGCUGCUGGACUAUGAGCUGAAAGGACUUCCUGAUCUGAAAUCACUGGUGGACUAAAACCUGAUGUGCCUCUCAUGUUGCAAAGAAAACACACACACACACACGCACACACACUCACACACACAAACAGGUUACAAAGGAAACACACACUUUCUCUCUCACACACUCAGGGUUGGUCUGGGACAAAGACAUUUUUGCAUGCCUCCUAAAAUGUGGGCUUGUCUAAUAAUACAUGGGAAACCUAACAGCGUCAACCUCUGAUGACUGUCGGCCCACCAGGAAAUGCCCUCUUUGCCAGAUUACACACACACACACACACACACACACACACACACACACACACACACACACACACACACACACACACACACACACACACACACACACACACACACACACACACACACACUGAACUUUUUUCAGUUUUUCAUAAGGCCAGUCCAAAUUUUGAACAAAAACCACUGAACAAUCACUGAACUGUGUUUUAUUUCAUAACUUUACUUGCAUUAACAUAACACCUGUUUUUACACACCAAAUUGCUGCUUGUAUUGCUGAGAUUGAUAUCUCCUGCCUUUUUUCCUGCAGUAACAUAUAACUCUGUAGGAAAACGAACAACCAUUCAAAAUGAAAUCACAAAUGAUAUAGACCAAGAGGUACAAUGACAUGUGUGUUCUAUCAAGACUCUGAUUCAUUUUAACAGGAUGUCGGCCUUAUAUGCCAUAACAGAAUAAUUCAGUAGCACGCCAUAAUUGUUUGCCACAAUGUAAUGAAAAUAACAGCACUUUGUUAGGAUACGUUUAUAGUUCAGUUGCAUAGCUUGGACAUACUGUAUUUUUCUAUUGUAUAAUGGGACGUUGCCUUGUAAGAAACAAUACAAUUUUACUUCUGA